GACCAGCAGCUCUGUAAUGGCAGACGACGACAAAUAUGAUGUCAUCCCAGCCUCUCAGCGUCCCGAUGGGACCUGGCGCAAGGAGGUGAAGGUGAAGAAAGGGUACGUCCCUCCGGACGAGGUGAAGAAGUUCGAAACGAGGGGAUCCAAAUGGAGGGACGAGCAGAUCCCUGGGUUUGUGCCCGGCAUGGACCCUGAAGCCUUCGCCGCCUCCCAGCAGAAACCCAAGAGCCAGCAUCAACGGAGGAACGAGAACCGGAAGAAGAGGAAGGAGGAGGCUGCCAAGGCCGGCUCGAGUGUCGAUGAGGUAGCAGAAGGAGUGGAGAAGGUGAGCUUGAAGGCGGAGGCAGCCAAGACGGAGGAGGCCCCGAUGGAUCCCAAGGAAGCUCUCCAGAAGAGGAUCCGAAAUCUCAAGAAGAAGCUCAAGCAGAUUGAUGAGCUCAAGGGCAAAGUCGACAAGGGUGAACUCACUCCCAACCAGGAGCAGGCGGAGAAGAUCGCAAGUCAAGCUGCAGUUGAGCAGGAGAUCAAAACUCUGGAAGCAGAGCUUGCUGCCAUGGCGUGAAGACUUUUGUGAUAGUGCUUUUACCUUGCCUUCUACAUGCCCGAGUCUUGCGA